AUGAUCCACCAUAUUAUUCGACUAUACAAAUGCCUCCACGUAAGGCUGGACAAUCUUGGUGGUUUCGAUUUCCAGAUGAAGGUCUAGGUUAUUAUUGGUUUAUCGGCCUCGAGAGUUUUCGCAGUCUAUUCGAUAUAACCAUGGGUGCACCCGCAAAAAUCUUUGAUAUAUUCCAUCCGACAUAUGAAAUAACUAAUGAUAUGAUUACUAAUUUUUAUAAAACUCAUAUACCAUUGGAUCAAAAAAAAUCCGAUGUUCUUAUUGCAUGGAUGGCUGGUAAUUGUAAACCUGCAAACAAUCGGAAUGAAUAUGCAAAAGAAUUAAUGAAAUAUAUUACAGUUCAUUCAUUUGGUGGAUGUCUUCAUAACCAGGAAAUACCUGAUGAUAUUAGAAACAAGUAUGGUAUUAAAGAAGGAGCUACAGCUUAUUGGGCAAGCCAUAUGUAUGAAGUAAAGUUGGAUACACUUCUUCGUUACAAAUUUACUCUCGCUUUCGAGAAUUCAGAUUGUGAAGGUUAUGUUACUGAAAAAGUUUAUGAUCCCUUUAGAGUUGAUUCUAUCCCCAUAUACAUGGGAGCAUCUGAUAUAGAUGAUUAUGUUCCACCACAUUCAAUAAUAAAAGUAACUGAUUUUAAAAACGUAGAAGACCUUGCUAAGUAUAUUUAUGAAGUUGCUAAUAAUCAAACAUUAUAUAACAGUUAUUUCGAAUGGAAAAAAGAUGAGCCUUAUAAAAAUUUUUGUAAAAUAUGCCGACAGAGUGAAGAGUCAAUAUUUUGUAGAUUCAUAGAAAGAGCUGUGGAUAUUUGA